UGUGUUUGUUCUGAAAAUUGCAGGGGAUCAAAAGAGCAACAAGGGCAGUCUCGUCCUCCUUCAGAAGCUUCUCCACAACCGUGGUACUCACCGUCUCUGGUCACGUCGCCUAGCGCAUCCCGGCCUCAAACAUCGACGGGCCAGUUUCCAUCACAUGUUUCACCGGGUGAAGCCGCCGGCAUUAUUGCCUUCUUGAAAGACAAAAGUGUGGAUGAGCUCAGGAAGCUUCUCUCUGACAAGGAUGCAUAUCAACAGUUUCUGUACUCGCUUGACCAGGUCACGAUUCAAAACAACAUCAGAGAAGAGCUUCGCAAAGAAACAUUACAUCUAGCAAGAGAAAACUUGGAGAAGGAACCACAGAUAGUGGAGCUCAGAAAUCAAUGUAGAAUAAUCCGUACAACCGAGCUUGCAACUGCUCAAGAGAAGCUCAAUGAGCUCGAGAAUCAAAGAGAAGAGAUCCUCAAAUUCUACUCUCCAGGCUCUCUCCUUCAUAGACUUCAAGAUGCUAUGAACGAGGCCGAUGAAGAAUCCGAGGAGCUGCAACAGAAGUUUAUGGAGAAAGAUAUUGAAACGGUUGCGUUUGUGCAGAAAUAUAAGAAAAUAAGAAGCAAGUAUCAUCGACGGGCUUUGAUUCAUCUCGCUGCUAAAACUUCACCCAUCGGUUGA